AUGGGAUUCGGCACGGUGUCGCCGCAGAGCGACGCGUCGUACGCGCUCGCGGUGUCGCAGUGCUUCCUCGGCGUCCUCCUCAACGUCUUCAUGUUCACGUUCGUCAUCACCAAAUUCCAGAGGCCGCUCGCGCACGUCGUCCUCGCGGAGAAAGCGUGCGUGUGCACGAGAGGCGGCGAGCUGUUCGUCCUCGUACGCGUCGGCAACCUGCGGUGCAACACGCUGCACAAGGGCGAGGUCACGAUGACGCUGCUUCGGCGGAAGCGCACCGCGGAGGGCGAGAGCUUUCUCGAUCGCGUCUCGCUGAAAGUGUUCGAGCAGCCGCGGACGCUCACCGCGGUCGCGACGGUGGCGCACAAGGUGGAACGCUCCGGGCCCGGCGCGGUGUUCGAGGACCUAUACGGCGGCGGAAAGACCCCGGAGGAGCUCGCGGACUUGCUCCUCCAGGUGGUCGUGACCGCGUACGACCCCAUAUACGACUCGGACGUGUGCGCGGUGAAGGUGUACACCGCGGAGGACUUCGCGAUCGACGCCACGUACGCGGGAGUGAUGACCACGGACGACAGGGGCGUCGGCGUCGUGAAUUUCGACAAGAUCCACGACGUCGAGCCCGUGCUUCGAAAGGUGUUCAAGGCGCGCGACCCCAAGCCCGAGUGGCUCGAGAAGGUUAACCCGAAGAAGGAGACCCCCGCGGCGCGUCUCCCCGGGAGAGUCGAGUGGAUAGCGGGGACGGACGCCAUCAUCGACGCGCUGCGAGACGCGGACGACGGCUUCGCGGAGGUGAUGCGUCGGAAGCGCGCGGACGUCACGGCGGCGGACGAGAAGCUCCUGAAGAGCGUGAUCUACGUGUGGAUCGCGGGGUGUUGCUGCGGGCCGGAGACGAGCUUGAAGGAAGCGGUCGCCGCGGGGGGGAUCGUCGCGUGGUGUUUGGGAGAGGCGGCGCUCGUGGACGCGGACGUGAUGGCGGCGAUCAAGCGCGAGGUGGAGGUGGAGAAGGAGGAGGCGGAGCGCGCGAAGAAGAGGGCGGAGGAGGAGGCGGCGGCGAAGGCGAAGGCGAGGGCGGACGCGGACGCGGGGGGAGAGGAAGAAAAGGAAGAAAAGGCGGGCGCCGCCGCCGCCGCCGCCGAGGACGUCGAGCUCGAGGACGAGGCGCCUUCGCCGCCGCCUAAACCGCCGCCGUCCGCCGGGGACGGCCUUCCGACGGUGCGCGUCCUCGCGAACGCGAAGAUCGCCAAGAUGUUCGCGACGCUCGAACGCCUCGUCUCGUCGCCGCCGUCGUCGUCGGCGGCGGCGGACGCCUCGGACGACGCGUCCUCCUCCUCCUCCUCCUCCUCCUCGCGGCUGUUCCUGUGCGGCGAUAAACCCGGGCAGCUAGAUUUCUACUGCGCGGCGGACGUCUUCUUGCUCUUCGACGACGCGGGCGCGAAGUUCCUCGCCGCGUCCGGCAUCACCGCGCGACCCGGCGGCGCCGCGGAGCGGUGGUACGCUCGCAUGCGAGCCGUCGACCACUUCAGGGUCCCUCGCUUUCAAUCCCGACACACCUCGACGCCUUUCAACUCCGCUUCUGACGCCAUUAAACUCCGCCCCGACGUUCGCUCGUACGGAACGACCCUCAGGAGCGGCCUCGGCGCGGGGAACAGCGACGGCGCGGUCGCGUCCAACCGGACCAUCUUCGCGAAGAUGAUCGCGUGGAACCCGUUGGGGUUCCCGAAGCGCGAGGACUGCGAACGGUGCCUGGUGGCGAUGCGACGGAAGCACCCGGCGGCGGCGCAUCCGGACCGCGGCGGCGGCGGCGGCGGCGGCGACGGCGAAGCCGCGGCGGGGGACGACGCCGUCGGCGGCGGCGCGGGCGGCGGCGGGGCGAUGACGCGGACGGACAACGCGCUCGCGAAGCUGUGCGUGUGA